CCGGGAUGUGUCAGUCAUAUAAGGCGUGACGUGUGACCUUUCUUAGUUGUGGCCGCCAGCACCAGUGUGACGGCCGGGAGUGUGGCGCCCUCCGGCACUACUCACUCAUGCCACAGUAACCUCGCUGAGGUUAAACUCCAGUACACACGAAUAUCCAAGCCAUUCCGCUGUGCCUUGAAAUACUGAGCUUGGGCCAACGUCUCCAUAAGCACUUGUGACAGUGACUUCCCACCAGAAAGUGAAAUGUGCUCAGUGGCUGAAGUGUCGAUUGAACUAAGUGAUACAAGAUAGUAGCUACUUAGAGACCUGUUCUCCGCAUGGUUCUCAUCCCGGGGUUUAAGAACAGAUAUAGUCGUAAAGAUGAACAACGAGACCGUUCUCACUGGGAGGAACAACGACGGUGCCGUCGCUGAUGACCCUACCUGGAUCAUCCUGGUGGGCGUCGCCUCCGUGGGCCUGGUGGUCGUCGUCGCCGUAAUUUACUUGAUCGUUACUUUCAUCAAGUCAGGCGGCCGGGUGGGCCAGGCAGCCAUGGUGCUGGACCCCAGGGCGAUGAGCCCAGCAGGAACCAUCAGGAGUGUGCCGGACACCAGCGCCUUCAUCACCCAUGACGACGCAUCGCUCGGCUCGCCUCACUGGACGCUCAACAAAGAUGGACACUUGCGAAGCCAGGAGGACUCUCGCCACGCGCCAUCAGCUGUCGGGAACAGCCAAUACCACAGGGAUAUCUCUGUCGACAGUGGCAACCACAAAUUAAGUAACACCUUGGGUCACGGUGGACACAACUCCGCCUAUAAUGAAGAGAUCCAAAACAAUAGCGUCGGGAGUACCAGCAGACAACACCAUGACGAUGAUAUCUACGUCAACACCAGGGACCUAGCGGCCCAGUACGUCGCGGACACUCAAGACGACUACGAGUAUCUACAAAAUGCUACAACGCCCGACCAGUCCGUCUAUGAUUAUCCACCACAAAAUCCAACGCCAGCACGCAAUAUAGGAUUGACGGAGCAAUCCAUCUACGACUAUCCCCGACAGAAACAAAACACUGCACAAGAUCCUUCUAUUUAUGACUAUCCACAACAAAAUACUAAUGUGGUACGGGAUUCAUCUAUUUACGACUAUCCACAACAAAAUACUAAUGUGGUGCGGGAUUCAUCUAUUUAUGACUAUCCACAACAAAAUACUAAUGUGGUGCGGGAUUCAUCUAUUUAUGACUAUCCACAACAAAAUCUGAAAGUGGCGCAGGAUUCCAACAUCUACGAUUAUCCACGACAAAAUCAAAUCAGUAAACAAGAUUCAUCCCCCUAUGACUGUCCACGACAAAAUGUAAACAUGCCACAGGAUUCGUCCAUCUAUGACUAUCCACCACAUAAGCAGAGCACAGUCGGUCAAUCGGUCGUCAGUGACACCCAGGCUCGUGAUCCAGCACCUGUCGGGGCUACAGCAGCUCCGCCAAGACCACCGAAACCAUCAGCACGUAUUAAAUGAUAUUUUAAUACAAUGAGAGAGAAGUGUGUGUGUGUGUUCAUCCGCAUGUUCCUCUUCUGAAUAAAGUUCCGGACCAACCGCGCUGUAGUGGAUAUGUGGGCCUGCGAGCAGUGCCGUCUUAACACAUGGGCACACUGGGCCCAGUGUGCCCAUACUGGCAAUGUGAAAUCUUGGAACAUUGUUCCAUGCUGGAACAAUGUGAAAUCCCAUGCUGGCAAUGUGAAAUGUUCAUGUGAAAUCCCUUGGAAGAAUGGAUAAUUGCUCUACUUCUCGCUGGAAAGGUCUGGGAUUUAAAUCCCGUUUCAAAUUAUAUAUAUAAUAUAAAUAGUUUGUACAUAGCUAUCUGUCAGUAAUCCUGCACUUUAGCAGACAGGCGGGGCCAAUCAUCUGGGUAGGGGGCCCCAGUACCUAUCAUAUGGGUAGAGGGCCUAGUGCAAUGUUUUGCCUGCUUUGUCUACAAUGCUGUUAAAACGACCUCGCCUACGGACAGCUCCAAGAUAUCACGGGCUUCGGGAGUAGAAAUUCCAGAACCCACUCCAGGACCAUGUGUCAAUGUCCGACAAGGAGCGAAAGCACUGUAGCCUCAACAAAGGUACUUGUAUUCCAUACCAAGAGACGAGUGUCAAUCAGUUCAGUGAUCAGUGUGAAAUUUACAACAUGAAUAGCCACCAAGGACUCAAAGAUGUUUUGAGUUCUUCUUUAUGAGUGAAAACGUCAUUUAUGUUUAAGGUUUUAAACUGUGGUGGUAAAACAGGUCAAUUAACUGUGCCAGGGUACUAGGCUUCGUAAUACCCCCGUGAGUCAUGUAUUCUUCCUGCGAGUGACAUACUGUGCAUUUCUGGGGUUUCCCAACAUAUUGACUAUAUCAGUACUCACUUAACCCACACAUAUUAAAAGAAAAAGAGGAAAAUUACGACGCUUCGAUACGUUCUGGACCCCCUUAUCAACUCAUGCUCGAGACGGACAGACACGUAGCCACUUUCCUGUCUUUCUUUCCAUAUGUAGAAUAGAUAUUAAUUUUCAGCCCCAUUGUGACUUACUCUUUGUACCUGUUGACUCUGUGCUGGGAUAAGUGUCCCCUGCAUCCCCAGUCAUGCACAGUGUCAGCCGAGCCUUAGAAACUUCAUUAGCAAAUAAUAUAAAACAGACUUAAUUUUAAAAGAAACUUUAACAGACUUAAUCUUAAAAGAAAUUAUAUUUUGAACUAAAAAUCUUAAGUCAGGGUCGCGAUACGUAAGGUGGAGAGGUCAGGGUCGCGAUACGUAAGGUGGAGAGGUGGCAGGUGAGAAAGACAAGGUGAGGGGCAGGUGAGGAAGACAAGAUGAGGAACAAUUGAGGAAGACAGUGCAAAACUAGGGUUGUUCAGCCUGACUCACUCAUUUAAUGCAUCUCAGUCUGUAUUGUGAUUAUAUUGUUUACAUCAGUUAGUAUUGUUCACAGCAGUCUGUAUUGUGCACAUUAUUCUGCAUUGUACACACAUCAAUCUGCAUUGUGCAUAUUAGUCUGCAUUGUGUACUUCGCUCAAUAUUGUGCACAUCGGACUAUAUUGUGCACCUCUCUAAAUUGUGACUGAACUAAACAUAGAUUUUAAAGAAAAUUAUUUGUAUUUAAUUUUUAUUUUUUUUACAUUAAAUUGAAAGUAAAUUAUGUUUUUUUUUAACGAAAUUGUGAUAUUAUGUGUAAGCAGAAGUAUUAACAAUAAUAUAAAGUUCGACUAAGGCUUAUAGGCCUGUGUCACGUUGAUCAUACGUAAAAAAAAUGUAAUUGGUCGUUUUUGAACAAACUUAAAACAUGGUCAUUAUGUCAUAAUGAUCGGGGCGUAUUCUUUCAUUUGAUUUUGAACUAAGAAUAACAACUAUUUCAACUGUAUUUGUCCCUCUCAAGUGUUAGUAGGCUACGAGGGAGCACAGCUUUACUGGGGACCUCUAACCCCCCCCCCCAGUGUCAAAGACCACCUCUAGAUUAUCAGUGGUUAUUUAUAUGUAAAUAUACAGUAUUGUAUAUAAGUAUAUUUUGGUAGUAGUCUUUCCUGUAGACAUAUAUUAUUAAAUGUGACUGAAAAAGUAAGAUUAAUAAUUCUAACACGAAUUUU